GUCUACUCAUGGUAGCCGUGGCACCAGGUCCAUGCGCCACCGACUUGCACCGGCGGUAUGAGCCGCCGCGAUAUCUCUUCAGCACGUCACAGCGCGCGUCUGUGCUGCUCUGCGUCGUAUUGCUCCACAUGCUUUCGGUCUUUUACUUGACGGCAAUGUUCAUCGUCUACUGGGUACUGCCGCCCAGCGAGAUGUGUAUCUUCCACGUCUACAGCCGUCGGCUCUCCCUUGGCACGUCGAUGACGCUCUGGAUCCUGCACGUGCACGGCAUCGUGCUCGUCUUUGCGCCGCGAUACCACCGCACAGAACGGAGUUGUUGUAUCUGGCGCCACCGAUGGUACCGCCUCGCGUUUGGUCGCUAUGGGCCCUUUGGGCUCUACGGCCCGCUCUACAGCGUCCGUCUCGCGAGCAAGCUCGUGCUGCAGCUGCCCAUGCAGAUCUUCCGCGCGUACCAAAUGUCCCAGCUUUUGACGACCCCCAUGUCGGCGUUUGCUUGCACGCUCGUGCUCGGGCUGCGCUGCAGUGUACUGCCGGUGCUUUUGCGCCUCCCGUCACCUCAUGCGCGUCGCUGGACGCCGGCGAUUUUCGAGGCGGUCGUGGAUUUUACGCUGAGCACGGGUAUUCCGCUCUGCCUCAUUUUUCCGGCGCUCCAAGAAUAUUAUUUGGCGGGAAACAAGUACGUGGUGCAAAACCAUGUUUGGCUCAAUCAGAGCCUCAUGCUCGGGCGCUUUGUUGCGAUGACGUCGUUCUUUGAUGUCUUUGCGUCGAGUUUCUUCUUUGUGACGAGCUACUUUUCCCUCGUGACGCUCAACCAUGGCAUCCGCGUGAUGAAAGGACACUACAUGCAGCAUCGCACGAGCUUGGAGCAAGGCCUUGAAAUCACCGCGCGCAUCGAGUUGCGGACCCGGCUCGUGCAGCGCAGCUACAAGGUGUUUUGGUGCGUCGCGGUCUCGACCAGCGCUGUUCUCACGGCUGUUGCGAUUACGAGCCUGUACCGGUCGCCCUGCCCUACUGGGUGCAAGCUGCAGACGUACCCAUGGUUUGCUCUCGAGUGCACUUGCAUCAUGUUUACGCUCAACUGCAAGCACCAAGGCGUCGGCGACGUCGACUUGUUUAUUCGCUCGCAUCUCCGCCACGUCUUUGAUUUGAGCAUUCUGCAGUGCCCGCUGCCCCGCGGCCUUGCCCCUGCGACGAUGCGAAGCUUGGACAACGUGUAUGCACUCGCGCUGGAUGCCACGUCGACAAUUGCAUGGGACGUCCCCCGCGACGCGAUGCCGCCGUCGCUGUACGCGGUCUACCUCUACAACAUGCCGAUGCCAUCGCUGCCGACUGCUAUCGCCGAUGCGUGGCCCAACUUGCAGUACCUCUUUUUGCGCAACUUGGGCUUUGCACAAAACAAGACACUGGGGCGCUGGCCGCAGCUCAGCCGGCUCUUCCUCGUGGGACUCAACCUCUCGGACGCGCCGCUCGAGGCGCUGGCGCCCACAUUGACCCAAAUUGUAUUGGACAACAAUGCGCUGAGUGUGCUGCCAACACCAUUAUUGUCACUCCCACAGCUCACGAUGCUCAGUCUCAUCAACAAUUCGAUCUCGGUGCUCCCGUUCACGGCGCUGCCACCGACGCUUCGCAAUAUCUACUUGGGCGGCAACCCGAUUCAUGCGGUCCCGGCCAAUUUGUCCUUCGACUUGCUCGUGUCGACGCGGUUGAACCUCCGCGAUACGCCAUUUUGCAACCAACUCCUUAUGUAUAACGCGUCGCGCCACGCUUCGUGGGCUCUCUCGCCGAUCGAGCGCAAUAUUGUGGCCAUUGGCGCCGACCAAAUCUGCGGCCACGCCUGCAACGUGGGCUGCCACGACUACCAGAUCGGCAACGGCCAAUGCAACCUGCCCUGCUUCACACCGGCUUGUGCGUUUGACAAAGGAGACUGCGUCGACUACGUCUUCCCGCUCGACGAAAUGUGA